AUGGCGGAGCUUGCGGACACGUCGACGUUCGAGCGCUUUUCAUCUAAUGCUGGUGAGCUGUUUCCGUUGCGCUGCGAUCUGCUCUGUCUGUCCUGGUUCGUGCAGGGAACGGUUCCUAGUCUGCCGCUAAUCCUGGCUGAUCCUGGCGCUGCUGGAGUGCUGCUGGCUGAUCCUGGCGCUGCUGGAGUGCUGCUGGCUGAUCCUGGCGCUGCUGGAGUGCUGCUGGCUGAUCCUGGCGCUGCUGGAGUGCUGCUGGCUGAUCCUGGCGCUGCUGGAGUGCUGCUGGCUGAUCCUGGCGCUGCUGGAGUGCUGCUGGCUGAUCCUGGCGCUGCUGGAGUGCUGCUGGCUGAUCCUGGCGCUGCUGGAGUGCUGCUGGCUGAUCCUGGCGCUGCUGGAGUGCUGCUGGCUGAUCCUGGCGCUGCUGGAGUGCUGCUGGCUGAUCCUGGCGCUGCUGGAGUGCUGCUGGCUGAUCCUGGCGCUGCUGGAGUGCUGCUGGCUGAUCCUGGCGCUGCUGGAGUGCUGCUGGCUGAUCCUGGCGCUGCUGGAGUGCUGCUGGCUGAUCCUGGCGCUGCUGGAGUGCUGCUGGCUGAUCCUGGCGCUGCUGGAGUGCUGCUGGCUGAUCCUGGCGCUGCUGGAGUGCUGCUGGCUGAUCCUGGCGCUGCUGGAGUGCUGCUGGCUGAUCCUGGCGCUGCUGGAGUGCUGCAGGCUGAUCCUUGCACUGCUGAGGUGGAUCGGGAGUCUACAGCACGGAGGGGACAGCAGCAGCAUGCAGGGGAGUCAACGCACCCGCUCAAGGCGAACACUUCAGGCGAGGAGGCAGCUCUUAAGGUGAGGAGUCGAGUGGCGGCACUUCAGGUGAGCAUUCGAGGCGGCGGCACUUCAGGUGAGCAGUCGAGGCGGAGGCACUUCAGGUCGGCGGGGGAGCAGCAGCUUGGAGGGUCAACACCGUCACCGACAUGUGAGUCUCUGCUUUGGCAGGUCGGCGGGGGAGCAGCAGCUUGGAGGGUCAACACCGUCACCGACAUUCGACUCGUGGGGCGAGGAGGGCGAGGGGGCAGCGCGCAGGCAGCAAGAGGCGUCUCCCUGCAUAACCCCCCCCCUUCCAUCCCCUUCAGCAUGGCCGGCAGCGUGGAGGGCUACACGGCGGGCGGCACGGACGGAGCCAUGUGUGAUAUCUUGGCAGUAGCCAUGUGUGAUAUCUUGGCAGUAGGUGGAGAUGCAGCAGAGGCGAGAAGGGGUAGAGGAGCGGAGGGAGCAGACGGUAAGCCUCUUUUCUAG